UCGAAAGGAUAAUUAUCAACGAUAAUUAUCACGAUAAUUAUCACGAUAAUUAUCGUGAUAAUAACAGGUGGAUAAUUAUCAAUUGAUAAUAACAAAAAAUUGCGUCUGUGAAAUAAACUAUAUUCUAAGUAUCCAAACGUGUAUUUCUGCGCUUGUUGCGUCUAUCCGAACGCACGUCUAGCCGCGACACGGGGAUUCCCCCAAUUCACAAAAAAUGUCAGUUGGUGUUAUGUAAAGUCAAGUGAACUCGAAUGUCAUUGGUUUAUUAAGUUAAAUAUUGUUUAGUGUGUUGAAUUUGAACAAUGCCGCGCGAGAAAGAUCCAGUGUGGUCAUUCUUUAGUUGCACGAAGACAAAAAAUACUGGGUUAUGGGCUCGGUGCAAAAAAUGUGACAAAGAGAUGCAAGGAAUACUAAAUAGAAUGAAAUCUCACGUAAAAGUAUGUCAGCCGCAAGUACACAUAGCAGAACCAGAUCCACAGCCAUCAUUGCCAUCAACCAGUUCCAGUUCAGUUCAGUCUCAGUCACAUCUGACUGGGCAAAACACAGGCAAAACAAUAGAAGCUAGUGAAGAAACUGGAAGUAGCCGAAAGCAGUUAUCUACACAAUCGAAAAUACUAUGUCUUAAAAAUUCCGAAGUCAUAACAACAACCAAGGAAUAUAAGCAAAAAAUUGAUAUGCAGGUCGGAAAAUACUUUUACGCGACUAACACUCCAUUCAAUCAUGUUGAACACGAAGAGUUUAAAAAAUUAUGCGCCCUUUUACGUCCUGGGUAUAGACCUCCAUCAGCAUAUGAAAUAGGCAAUCCCAUAUUAGAAAAAAAUUAUGCUGAGACAAUGACUAUAUGUAAAGAAAAACUUACGAAUCAAACAGUUUGCAUGUCUCAGGAUGGCUGGAGCAAUGUUCAUACUGAACCUCUGGUUUGCAGCAACAUUGUUACUGCUCAAGGCGACUCAAUUUUUGUUGAUUGUGCGGAUACAAAAGAAAAUCCACACACAGCUCUUAAUUUGAAGGACAUCGCACUAAAAUCAAUCGCUAAAGCUAAGCAGGAAUUAGGCGUUACUGUUAGAAGUUUUGUCACAGACAGUGCUGCUAAUGAGCGAUUACUGCGGAGUCAUCUUGAGAAAACUGAAGACGUGGACAUAAUACAAUAUGGAUGUUCAGCUCACAUCUUAAAUCUACUGGCUAAAGAUUUGGAGAUCCCUGCCGUUACCGCAUCGAUAAUGAAAGUAAUAAAAUACUUUCGCAACCAUCACAUUCCAGCAGCUCUAUACAAACAAGCAGGUGGUAAAAAGUUAGUCCUCCCUCUAGAAGUACGUUGGAACACGAUGAACGACGCUAUUCGCUCGUAUCUGGAUAACAGAGGAAUUUUAGUUCAAGUUAGCCAAGACCAUAAAGACAAAAUCGAUAGGGAGGUUAUAAAAAUUGUGAAUGACUGUCAGAUUACAAUGAAUGCUGUAGAUUUCCUUAAAACAUUGUCACCCAUUGCAACAGCUCUCGACAGGAUGCAACGUAAUACUACCACAAUAGCUAUAGCUGUUGAAAUAUGGAAUAAACUCGAGUUUGACCUGUUGGGUAACAGUGCAUACCAAAAUGCAAAAACAAAGAAAAUCUUUUUGAGUCGUAGAGCAAUGGCACUGCAAGGCUUACAUUACGCUGCAAAUAUGGUAGAUCAUAGGUUCCUUGGUCGAAACCUAAACAAUGAACAGAAAAAACAAGCGUAUAACUUCAUAACUGCUGGAGAAGUUGAUGAAAACUUUGCUCCUUUCAUAAUGGCACUAACAGCAAAAGCUUACCCUUUUCCCAAAUUCAUGUUUGGCGAAACGUUCAAGAACACCUGCCCUAUUUUGUGGUGGACUUCCGUGACUCUAGAAGAUGAAGAGAGAUGGCCACAAAAAGAAAAGUUCGUAAAGUUUUGUGAACAGUUAUUAACCGCAAUAGCUUCAACUGCACCAUUAGAGAGAUGUUUUUCAUCAUUUGGGCUAGUGCAGUCAAAGCUAAGAAACAGACUGGGCAAUGAAAAGGCUGCAAAGCUGGUAUUCUUGUUUAAAUAUUAUAACCAAGAGGAUAAAACCAAGAAGCAAGAUCUUAGUUGGAUUUUAGAGGAACAAAUAAGUUCUACUGAAGCUGUAGCAACGACAAUGCCAAUGGAAAUAGAAUCACCAUCGGAUGAAGAUAUUCCUUUGGCUUCUUUGGUCAAGUAAUUUAUGUUCAAAUCUGACGAACACAGAUUUUCAUAAAUCUACUGUUAAUUAUUAGUGUUGAUUUGUGUAGUAUGUUAUGUAAGAAAAAUUAACAAUUUUUUUGUUUUUAAACAAUAAACCACUGAUAUUUCUUCUGAAACAAUUUUACAAAUGAUCUUUUAAUACUGGUGAUAAUAAUCGAUAAUUAUCCGAUAAUUAUCGGAUAAUUAUCGGAUAAUUAUCCGAUAAUUAUCACGGGUCGUUAUUAUCUUGAUA